AUGGCGCCCUUCGUCAGAAUCGAGGCAAUCAAGCCGACCCCUCUGUCGCUCGCCGCUCUCUGCGCUUGCCCGUGCCGACCCUUUGCUACGAACGCCCCGGUUCUGACGCGCCCUCUGUCAAAAUUCAAUCUUGGGUUGCUUUUACAUGGGCCCAAGAGCAUGGUCCAGAUGCGCUUGAGAGUGGUCCCGGCCCGCCGGUGCGUCGUCACGGCCCGGGGCGCGCGCCGAGCAGGACCGGGUCAGCGAGAGCAACGCCAAUCAGGCUCUAUCCUGAGUGCAAAUGAGAGGGUUGUGAAUAACGCACUUUUAGUUGUUAGUGGAGGAUGGGUGAUUACUGUGGCUUUGGCGUCCGCUGUUUCUGCCGGUUCACGCGAGUAUUUUGAGUUGGUUAGGAGUCGUGGAAUUGCAGCUGGAAUGACGCCCCCUCCUCGAUAUGUGUCCCAAGUUUGCUCGGUUAUUUGUGCCCUGAUGCCGAUACUUAUCUUGUAA